AGAACCUGAAGUUAUACCAUUCCAUGUUCCGCAUAAAAAAUUACUUGAAAAAAUUGAAUCCAAGAGAGUUGAACCCGAACCUUUGACUGGUUUUCAAGAAGUUCAAAAUGAACUGAUAAGGAACAAAAGGCGACAUAUUCAUCUGGAUUAUAUGGAUCAAUUUGAAGCACGGGAUAAACCAAAAGAAAAGGCAGUUACUAAAGCUGCUAUCAAAUUUGAUGAAGUUGAAACUCCGCAGGUCAAAAAGAAAAAAGCCGAGCUAGUUAAUGUUGUUGACCAAAACGAAUGGAUAAACAAAAUGAGGCAGUCCAAAGAUGGUUUGUUUGUAUAUAUGACAUAUGCUGUUCCAAAAUCGCAUGAGCUUUUUAAUCCCUACGCCUUCAGUGUUGUACCGUACCAAUACGUCGAUAAAUCAAACUUUUUUACAAUGAGUGCCAAAGGAGUAAUGCAACACGUCGGUAACGAAGUAAUUUUCACAUCGUUGGACAAAUGGGAAAACGAAUAUAAAAUGUACUGUCGACUCAUGGAUAUAAAAACGUUUUUUUACUUUAGAAAGUGGAAGGGAUUUUAUGUGUGGGGUACCAGCAUUCUUCGGCAAAAGAUAAAAAACGCCACUAAACGUUUGGAAGAAAAUAUGUUGUUAAUGAAUCCGAUAAUGAGACAAGCUUUGUUGGAUAUUCAAGGAAUGUGUUACGUAAUGACGUUGAGAACUUUCAGCGACUGUACACUGGUUGAGGAUAAUUGGUUGUUUUAUUUUUUAGAAAGCCAGUUCGACAAGCUACAUUUACUGGUUACGAAAAUCGAAGAAUAUUUGAGUAUAGCUAAAGAUAUAGUCGGAAAUGCUUGUCAUGCAGCAUUGCUAGCAAAAGGUUUCAUAGUAGAUGAACGAAUUGUUGAAGAUCCCAAUGAUAGAGGCCGAAAAAGACAGCAUAAAGUUUCAUAUAUCGAGCAAGCGGCAAAAAAGAAGUUUUGUAAACGUCUAGCCUGUUUUAUAAUUUUGGUGGAUUAUUUGACGAUUACCAUGCUCCAUCAAUUGAUUACUGGAUCUAUAGAUUUGCUGUUAUAUUAUUUGCAAUGGCAUACGAGCUUUCUUCCUACGCAAGAGGAAUUAGAGGCCGAUGAACCGCUUAUUAUGGAAGUUCUACGAGAUGAAGGAGCACCACAGGUUCCAUAUUUUAUCAAGUAUAUUAGAGUCCAUCCAAAUAAAAUAUUACUAGAUCCAUCUCUAGAACUUACUUUGAAUUUGUUCGAGCAGAUUUUUGUUAUGUGGGAAGAUAAUGUUAAAUCUGUUACUACAUUUAUUGGAGACCCUUAUUAUGCUGCAUUUACAACGCCUGUUAUUAACGAAAAGGUUGAAGAACGGAUUUGCGGUUGGGGUCCAAGUUUGGAAUUUUAUUUAACCGGAGACACGCAUUUGGCUGGUCUAAAAACGAAAUUUAACAAUAUAUUUAAACAAAAUUACGACGCUGCCUUUACGUACCUCAAAAGAUUCGAUAAUAUCAGCAAGUUUUAUGCCGAAGAUGUUGUCAUUACGACAGAAGAUGUUCAUAAUGAGACAAGUUGUGAAAAAUUCAGAUACAUGUGCAGAAGGUAUCAUGAUGAAAUUGAUCUCAUUGAGAGUAUUUAUCCUUAUCAGUCAAUGGGAGUUAUACACAUUAAUUUGAAGAAUUUUGCAGAAGUCUGUCUACCAGAGGCUAAACGAUUGUUGGAAUUGCUUGAAAUAACGUUACCUUGGAUUGGAAAAACAAAAGUGGAAAAUCUAAUCAAAGAAGUCGAAGCUACCGAAGAAUUCUUACACCAGACGCCUUUCACUACAACAGAAUACGUUAAAUAUUUACAAUUUGAACAAAAAAGUGUUCAAAGACUAGACGUUAUGGAAGAUAUAUUAGAUUACUGCAAGGAUUUGUAUGAUAUUAUGGAAGAAUUCGAGAUUGCUGUACCUUUUGACGAAAUGCAGGCAUACCUUGGUCUGAGUGUGACCACUGGAAAUUUGAGGAACUUUGUUGACAAAAAAAUAGAAGAGGCGCCGAAAUUAAUUAAGUUGUUCAGCGAUCAGCUUAGUAAAGAUAUAAGUCUUCUAAUAUCUGAAGUUGGCAGUAUCAAAGAUGAGUGUAUGAACCCAUGGCUAUAUGACAUAAAUUCUAAUUUUGAAGAUGUAAUGACAUUUUUAUCGGACCUAUUUGCGCGAUUACAAGCUGCUCAACGUCGCGCUAUGGACUUUAAGGACUACCAAAGAGAAUUCAGAAUGGAAGUGACAAGAUUUGAUCUCAUGGAUGAAGUGAGUAACGACGUAAAACUUCGUAUACUUUUGUGGGAGAGUGUCGAUUCUUGGGCGAAAACGAUUGAUGAAUGGUACCACGCUCUAUUUGAAACUCUAAACGUUGAUGAUAUGAAUAUUUUUAUCGCUAAAAAUUUAAAGUAUGUCACUCAGUUGGAAAAGGGUUUACCUCCCAAUUUGAUCGUACCCAAGUUUAAAGAUGACGUGGAGCUCAUGAAGGAUAAGUUGCCCGUUGUAUGCAAUUUGAGUAAUCCUAAUUUGAAAGCUCGUCACUGGAUUCAAAUAGAAAGUUUGCUAAUUCACAAAUUCAAACCAGAUGAAAUUAUAACUCUGGAAAUAUUGGAACAACUAGGAGUCUUCAACUAUCCAAACGAAUUGAUGGAGAUAUCUUCGCAAGCCAGUAGUGAAGCAGGCUUGGAAGUGCUGUUAAAGAAGGUAGAAGAAUCUUGGAAAGGACUUGAAUUCCCUGUGAAUUCACACAAGGAGCAAAAGGAUGUAUUUGUCCUUGGACCACUCGAAGAAGUGCAAGUCGUGUUAGAUGAAAGUCAUAUCAAUAUGACGACUAUUGCAAGUUCUAGACAUGUAGGACCUAUUAAACCACGUGUCGAUGAAUGGGUCAGAAAUCUAGAUAAAUUCUCUAGAACUCUGGAUGAGUGGUGGAUGUGUCAACAGAGUUGGGUCUAUUUGGAAGUCAUUUUUUCUGCUCCAGAUAUUCAAAGACAAUUACCUAAUGAAGCUAAACUAUUUAUUAUUGUUGAUAAAUCAUGGAAAGAUAUCAUGAGAAGGACGCAAAAGAUGCCGCUAGCAAUGGAUUCAGGUCUCUUUCCAGGACUCCUAGAAGCGUUACAAAGAAACAACAUGCUUUUAGAACAAAUUAUGAAAUGUCUAGAAUCCUACUUAGAAAUCAAGCGUGUGGCUUUUCCCAGAUUCUAUUUCUUAUCCAACGAUGAACUUUUGGAUAUUCUAGCGCAGACUAGAAAUCCCCAUGCGGUGCAACCUCAUUUGAGAAAGUGCUUCGACGCCAUUUCCAAGUUGGAGUUCGGCGUUAAAAUGCCAGAGGAAGAAGAAACAAGUAAAAAGAAGCAUGCGCAACCGGUAGAACCUAUUUUGACCACUGAUAUUGUUGGAAUGAUCAGUCCAGAAGGAGAGAGAGUAGUCUUCGGAAAAGGCCUUAAAGCUCGUGGUAAUGUUGAAGACUGGUUAGGAAAAGUGGAAGAAAAUAUGCGCGUGUCCUUGAAGAGAUGCAUGAAGACAUCUCUGGCUCAUUAUCAGGAAGUUCCCAGACCGCAUUGGGUAACCUGCCACGCCAGCCAGAUUGUGCUUACAACGUCUCAGAUAAUGUGGGCCAAAGGCGCGCACGCCAUUUUUGAUGGGCCUGGUAGCAAUAAUGUAAAGAUUAAAAAAAUGGACGCAUAUGAGCAAAAAACUAUACAAGACCUUAAUGAGUUAGCAGCAUUGGUUAGGUUGGACAUACCUUUUGUUGUAAGAAAAGUAGUAAUAGCUCUGAUAACCAUUGAUGUACAUGCUCGAGAUACUAUUCAUGCAAUUGUGGCAACUAAAAUAAGUAACAGCCAAAGUUUCGAAUGGUUAAAGACACUGAGAUAUUACUGGGAUGAAACCGUCGAUGACUGCCUUGCUCGAAUGUCUAGUGCUUUGUAUUUAUAUGGAUAUGAAUAUUUAGGUGCUGCGGGAGUAUUAGUUAUUACUCCUUUGACAGAUAGAUGUUACCUAUGUUUAAUGGGAGCUCUGCAGUUGGAUCUUGGUGGAGCUCCUGCAGGUCCCGCUGGUACAGGAAAAACGGAAACCACCAAAGAUUUAUCCAAAGCUCUUGCCAUACAAUGCGUGGUGUUUAAUUGUUCUGAGGGAUUGGACUAUAAGAUGAUGGGAAGGUUCUUCUCCGGUCUAGCCCAGUCAGGCGCGUGGUGUUGUUUUGACGAAUUCAACAGAAUUGAUAUUGAAGUAUUGUCUGUAAUUGCUCAACAAUUGAUUACUAUUAAAAACGCUAAAGCAGCUAAACAGACACGAUUCAUGUUCGAAGGUCGAGAAAUUAAAUUGGUUUGGAACUGUGCUUCCUUUAUUACUAUGAAUCCAGGGUAUGCCGGCAGAACUGAAUUACCUGAUAAUUUGAAAGCCUUAUUUAGACCUAUAUCAAUGAUGGUACCUGAUUAUGGUUUGAUUGCAGAAGUAAUUCUGUAUUCCGAAGGAUUUGAAUCAUCGAAAACCUUGUCCCGAAAAAUGGUUAACAUGUAUAAACUGUGCAGUGAACAGUUAUCCCAACAAGAUCAUUACGAUUUUGGAAUGCGAGCUGUCAAAAGUGUGUUGGUAAUGGCCGGCGCUUUAAAACGUGCAAAUCCAGAUAGAAACGAAGACGUAGUACUGAUAUGUGCUUUGAGAGAUAGUAAUUUGCCCAAGUUUUUAUCUGAUGAUGCUGUUUUGUUCAAGGGUAUUUUGGGAGAUCUAUUUCCAGGCGUUGAAUUACCAGUACCAGAUUACGGUCUUUUCCAAGCUACAAUUAUUGAAUGUAUGGUCGAAGCUAACUUGCAACCAGAAUUCUGUAUGAUCAACAAAGUUAUCCAGCUAUACGAAACCAUGAUAGUGCGUUGGGGUGUAAUGUUGGUAGGACCCACUGGUGGAGGAAAGUCUGUUAUUCUUAGUACAUUAAACAAAACAUUGGUUAGAAUGCACGCUAUGGGAAUACCGGGAAAUAUGUUUCGUCCCGUACGAUCUUAUAUCAUGAAUCCCAAGGCCAUAUCCGCCGGCGAACUAUAUGGAGAAGUGAACCCUUUCACAUUUGAAUGGAAAGAUGGUCUUAUGGGUAUUAUGAUGAGGACAGCAGUCACCGUGACUCUAGAAGAACAUCAAUGGAUCGUCUGUGACGGACCAGUCGAUGCUGUUUGGAUUGAAAACUUAAAUACAGUGUUGGAUGAUAACAAGAUGUUGUGUUUGGCUAAUUCUGAAAGAAUCAAAUUGACUGAAUGGGUACACAUGGUGUUUGAAGUAGAAGAUUUGGCGCAAGCCUCACCAGCUACAGUAAGCAGAUGUGGCAUGGUAUAUGUUGACACGGAAGAAAUAAGAUGGUUUCCUUACGUGAAAUCGUGGAUGGCCAGCAUUCCCGAUACACUUAUAAAUCCGGAAAUGAAGGAAUUCAUUUUAGGACUAUUUAAUAAUUACGUCGAUAAAGGAUUAAAGUAUUUGAAACGACAUGGACAUGCUUCAAUACAUCAGGUUGAUAUAAGUAAAGUAAAGAUGGUUUGUUCGCUAAUAGAAAGCUUUAUAAGAAUGCCUGGCGCAAUGGAGAAAAUAGGAGAAAAAAGCAAAGUACGAAACUUUUUGUGCCAAACUUUCAUUUUAGCGUACGUUUGGGGUCUUGGAGGUAAUUUAACAGAUAUAAGUAGAGAAAAGUUUGAAGGAAAAUCAAGCGAUCAAUUUGGAGAGAAUCCGGAUUCUAAAAUACAAUCUGGAUUCGAUUUAUGGGAAUUGUACAUCGAUAUUGGAGUACAUAAGUUACAGCCGUGGCAAAAUAUAAUACCCCCUUUCACAUACGAUGUCGAAGUACCAUUUUUCGAAAUGCUGGUACCCACCAUGGAUACUAUACGAUUCGGAUACAUCAUGGAACGACUACUAUACAUCAAUCACCCAGUUUUGUUAACUGGAGAAACUGGUGUUGGUAAAUCUGUUGUGGCAAAAGAUUGCUUGCAAAAACUAUUAGCAUCCGAAAAUUUUACCACUGCUACCAUGAAUUUCUCUGCACAAACUAGCAGUUUAAGAACACAGGAAAUAAUGGAACUCAAGUUAGAGAAAAAGAAGAAAACCCUACUUGGAGCGCCCGUUGGGAAAAAGGUUGUUAUCUUCGUUGAUGAUGUUAAUAUGCCAAAAUUGGAUACAUAUGGUUCGCAGCCUCCUAUUGAACUGUUAAGGCAAUUCUUGGAUUAUGGAGGUUUAUACGACAGAGAAAAACUGUUCUGGAAACAAAUACAAGAUGUUAUUAUAGCAGUUGGUUGCGCUCCUCCUGGUGGUGGUAGAAACCCUUUAACUCCUAGAUUCGUUAGACAUUUCGGCAUGUUACUUAUUCCUCCUCCAAAUGAGAUGGCUCUUAAAGUUAUAUUUAAAUCAAUUUUAAAAGGAUUUUUAAACACAUUCAUAACCGAAAUAAAAGCAAUGGGAGAUGCUAUGAUCAAUGCCGCUGUAGAUAUCUAUCAGAAAAUAGAGAGCGACUUAUUGCCUACUCCUUCCAAAUCACAUUACGUAUUUAACCUUCGUGAUCUCUCCAAAUGCAUUCAAGGCAUUACGCAAGCUGAUGCUGGUACAAUGAGAACUGAAAGCCAGAUGCAAAGGUUAUUCUAUCACGAAUGUUUGAGAGUAUUCCACGAUCGACUAAUCAACACUGAAGACAAAUCGUAUUUCUAUUUAUUAAUGAGAGAGAUAUGCAUUAGAAAUUUCAAUAAUUCCGUAAUUGAAUUACCCGAUGGACCUUUAAUAAAUGAUCCUCCAAUUCUACUCUUCGGAGAUUUCAUUGCUUCGAGCGCUGAUGCCGAAAAGAAAUUUUACGAAGAAUGUCCAGAAAUUCCUAAAAUCAAACGCAUUUUACAGGACUAUUUGGACGAUUAUAACUUAUCGACUCCGAAAGAAAUGAAAUUAAUCUUCUUUAUGAUGGCAAUUGAACAUUGUUUCCGAAUAGCAAGAAUUUUAAGAGCAGAACGUGGUAAUGCUCUCUUGGUAGGUGUCGGUGGUAUGGGAAAGCAAAGUUUAACCAGACUGGCGUCUCAUGUAAGCGGCUACACAUGUUUCCAAAUUGAAUUGACAAGAAAUUACGAUCACCAAUCAUUUUUUGAUGAUUUACGAAAAAUGUGUUACCACGCUGGAGUCAACUUUCAAAAUACUGUGUUUCUAUUUACCGACACGCAAAUUGUACAAGAGGAAUUUCUAGAAGAUGUCAACAAUCUUUUGAAUUCAGGCGAAGUUCCAAAUUUAUAUGAAGCAGAAGAACAGCAAAGAGUAGUAAUAGGCUGUACUCAAUCAGCUAAAGAUGCUGGUAUCGAUGAAAGUAAUAGAGAUGCGGUAUACAGUCAUUUUAUUAGUAGAGUUCGAAGUAAACUGCAUUUGGUCCUAUGUAUGAGUCCUGUUGGUGACGCUUUUAGGCGGCGUUGUCGUAUGUUCCCGUCAUUGGUAAACUGUUGCACAAUUGAUUGGUUCGAAAAAUGGCCGAAAGAGGCCCUGCUUUCUGUGGCAGAAACGGAAUUGGAAAGUGUCGUAGGCGCAGAAAAUUCUACUAAAUUAGCAAAUAUUUGCGUCAUCAUUCAUGAGAGCGUUGAAUUAAUGACAGUUAGAUUUUACGUAGAAAUGAGAAGAUACUAUUAUACGACUCCGAGUAGUUACUUAGAGUUAAUAAAACUGUACAAAAUUUUGAUGGAUUUGAAGCAAGAGAAAAUUGGUAAAACUAGAGAUAGAAUUGCUAUGGGUCUUAACAAACUAUUAGAGACAAACGAUCUCAUAGAUGAAAUGAGGGAUACCUUGACCGCAUUGGGACCUGUAUUAGCACAAAAGUCAAUUGAUUGUGACGAAUUAAUGGUAACUUUAGAUAUUGAAAAAGAGGCAGCCAAUAAAGUUAGAGUAGUCGUUAAGUCUGACGAGGCAUUAGCUAGAGGGAUAGCUGAAGAAACUCAAGCUAUCGCUGAUGAUGCUCAAAGAGAUUUAGACUCGGCCUUACCUGCACUGCAAGCGGCCACCAAGGCUUUACAGUCUCUCAAUAAAAAAGAUAUAGAUGAAAUUAAAGUGUUUCAGAAACCACCGUUGAUGGUAACAGUUGUUUUGGAAGCAGUAUGUUUACUGCUCGGAAUAAAGCCAGACUGGGGGAACGCGAAAACCCUUCUCGGCGAUCAGAAUUUCUUAAAACGAUUACAAGAGUACGACAAAAACCGUGUGACCGAUUCUUUGCUGAGAAAAUUGAGGGUAUACGUCGACAAUCCAGAUUUUGUUCCCGAAAAAGUUGUCAAAGUUUCGAAAGCUUGUAAGAGUUUGUGUUUGUGGGUAAGAGCAAUCGACAAGUACGCAAAAACGUUCAAACUUGUAGAACCGAAAAGGAAAAAGUUGAAAGAAGCAGAGGUUGAACUGGCUAAUGUAAUGUUAGUGCUUAAAGAAAAACAAAAAAAAUUAAAUGAAGUCGAAUCAAUGAUAGCAUCACUGCAAUCACAGUUUAAUCAAACCAUUGCUGAAAAAGACGCGCUUAUCAAUAACAUGGAACUAACUGCAGCUAGACUAAAUAGAGCAGGUCGUCUUAAUAUAGCCUUAGCUGAUGAACAAAUAAGAUGGGAAGAGAGCGUUAAGAGGUUUGGCGUUCAAAUGAAUAACUGCCUUGGCGAUGUUGCAAUGGCUGCGGCGAAUGUAGCCUAUUUAGGAGCGUUUACAAGCAACUAUAGAAAUGAAUUGACAACUAUGUGGGAAACAAAAUGUAAAGAGUUCGACAUAGCCUGUUCAGAUGGUUUUAGUGUCAUAACCGUGUUGGCGGAUCCUUACGACAUUCGUAUGUGGAAUGCAUGUGGUUUACCAAGAGAUUCCGUUUCCACAGAAAAUGCCAUUCUUGUAACGAUGGCAAGCCGUUGGCCGUUGAUGAUAGAUCCGCAAGAACAAGCGAACAGGUGGAUACGAAGUAUGGAAGAGAAAAACGGAAUAAAAGUUAUUAAAUUGACAGAUUCCACAUUUAUGAGAACUUUGGAGUCUGCUGUUUCAAUGGGAUGGCCGGUACUAUUACAAGAAAUUGGUGAAACUUUAGAUCCUACUUUAGGGCCGAUAUUAUUGAAACAAACUUUCGUACAGGCUGGCCGAACUCUGAUUCGAUUAGGAGAAAACGAUGUUGAAUAUAACAGUAAUUUCAAAUUUUAUAUUACCACAAAAUUGGCAAAUCCCCAUUACUUGCCAGAAAUUUGUAUUCAAGUCACUAUUGUAAAUUUCACGGUUACCAUAUCUGGACUGGAGGAUCAAUUACUAGCUGAUGUGGUGCGACUUGAAAGACCAGAUCUUGAACAGCUCAGAUCAGAACUUAUCGUACGCAUAAAUUCCGAUAAAGCGCAGUUGAAGGGAAUUGAAGACAAAAUCUUAUAUCUCCUGUAUCAUUCCGAAGGUAACAUUUUGGAUGACGAGGAAUUAAUAGAAACUCUAAAUGACAGCAAAGAAACGUCUGCUAUAAUCGAAGCACGUUUAAUCGAAUCAGAAACGACAGAAGAAAAGAUAUCAAUUGCUAGAGAAAAGUAUAGACCAGUAGCAAUAAGAGGUUCAGUUUUGUAUUUUGUGGUAGCGCAAUUGGCUGAUAUAGACCCUAUGUAUCAAUUUUCAUUAAAGUAUUUUAAUCAGGUGUUCAAUACCGUUAUCGAAGUUAGUGAAAAAAAUGAAAACUUAGACAUACGUCUUGAAACUUUGUUUAAAGAGAUAACAAAGGCGGUUUAUAUUAGUGUGUCAAGAGGUCUCUUUGAAAGACAUAAACUUGUUUUUAGUUUUAUGCUGUGCGUUUCGAUUUUGCAACAGAACAAAACCAUAAGCGAAGGCCAGUGGAGUUUUUUACUUAGGGGUGCAGUAGGAACAAAAGUGGGUCUACCCAGAAAACCAGACAAUCCAGUAAUAACAGAAACAAUUUGGCAUUCAGCAAAUUUUUUGGCAUCCACUUAUUCCCGUUUCAAAAGUCUUCCCGAUGAUUUGGAAACCUUGAUCGCUCUUAAAUUAGGAGAUUUAGAUAUUAAUCUGCAGCUAAAUGAAACAUUCAACACGCCAUGCCCGACAAAUUGGAAUGACCGUCUGGAUGAUUUUGAUAAACUAAUGUUAGUAAGAACCUUACAAGAAGAAAAAUUAAUAUUUUGUAUUACAGAAUAUGUCAAAGUUAAAUUGGGAAAAAUAUUCAUAGAAAGUCCGAUGGUAUCAAUAAAAAUGCUGUAUCAAGAUACAUCAAACGCAAUUCCUUUAGUUUUUGUUCUGAGCACUGGUUCCGAUCCGAUGGGUGCAUUCCAGAGAUUUGCCAGUGAAAUGGACUUUCUAUCGAGAAUAAAAUCUAUUUCAUUGGGUCAGGGACAAGGCCCUGUAGCAGAAAAACUGAUACAAGAAGCGCUUGAAACUGGAGAUUGGAUAUUUUUACAGAAUUGCCAUCUGGCCACCUCUUGGAUGUUAUCAAUGGAAAAAAUAGUCUUGAAUAUUGCUAGAGAUUAUCACAAAAUAAAUCAAAGUUUUAGAUUAUAUAUGAGCUCUAUGCCUUCGAAAGCUUUUCCCGUAUCAGUUUUACAAAACUCUGUUAAAGUCACUAACGAACCUCCUAAAGGACUAAGGGCAAACGUCAAAAGAGCUUUUGGUGAAAUGGAGAGGAGUUUCUUUGAAGAACACCCUUUACAACAAAAAUGGAAAACAAUGAUUUUCGGUUUAUGUAUGUUCCACGCAGUAAUACAGGAAAGAAAAAAGUUUGGUCCGCUGGGAUGGAAUAUAGUAUAUGAAUUCACUGACAGCGAUAGAGAAUUUGCUUUUAAUUCGCUGAAAAUGUUUUGUGCAGAAGGAAAAAUUCCUUGGGAUGCAUUAGAAUAUCUUACAGGUGAAAUUACUUAUGGCGGCAGAGUAACAGAUUAUUGGGAUCUCAGAUGCCUAAAAACAAUUUUAAAGAUAUUUUUUUGUGAAAAAACUUUAAACGCAAACUAUACAUACUCCCCAUCAGGAAUUUAUUAUUGUCCAUCGUACGACACAAUUGAAGAAUACAAAGACUUUUUAGAUAAUCUACCAAUUAUUGAGGCGCCGGAAAUUUUUGGAAUGCACGAAAACGCAAAUAUUGCAUACCAGAUUAAAGAAACGCAAACUAUAAUACGAACAAUAAUGGAAAGCCAGCCGAGAGCUGGAGGUGGCGAAACAGGAAGAUCUGUAGAUGAAAUUGUCUUUGAACUAGCUGACGCUGUUAUAAACACUAUUGCGACAAAUUUAUCGUUAGAUAACUGUAACGUUUUCAUGUAUAAGAAAGACAAAAAAGGAAGACUUCCAUCAUUAACAACCGUAUUAACACAAGAAGUUGACAGAUACAACAAGCUACUGAAGUUGAUACACAAUUCAAUGAAUCAAUUAAAAAAGGCUUUAAAAGGUUUAGUCGUUAUGUCGGAUGCCUUAGAAGAAGUUUUCACGUCGUUUAUGAACAAUAUGGUACCUGGUAUGUGGAAUAAAAUUGCUUAUAACUCAUUAAAAAGUCUAGGAAGCUGGACAAGAGAUUUAAUACUAAGGCUGGAUUUUAUAUACAUAUGGGUUAGAUACGGAAAUCCAACAUCCUACUGGUUAUCGGGUUUCUACUUCCCGCAAGGAUUUCUCACGGGGGUUCUACAAACUCACGCAAGAAAGUAUAACUUACCGAUUGACGAACUAAAGUAUGAUUUUAAAAUAUACAAUUUCGUUAUCGAUCAAGAAUCAAUCAAGAGUGCACACGAGGAGGCCGAUAAAGAGGUUUAUGAAGCAUACAGAAUUUAUGAAGUUCCGAUAGAUGGAGUGAUCGUUCAUGGAUUGUUUAUUGAUGCAGGAAGAUGGGAUUUUGAUGUUAAACAACUUGUGGAUGCAAAACCAGGUGAAGUAAAUCCCCCUAUGCCUUCUUUGUGGUUAAGACCGACAACAACUCUUCCAGAAAAUGAUCACAGAUACGUUUCCCCAUUGUACAAAACUUCAAUUCGCGCUGGAAUACUGUCAACCACGGGACACAGUACAAAUUUUGUGAUAGCAGUAUUUGUACCAAGUAAACAACCGCCGAGUUUCUGGAUAUUAAAAGGCACAGCUAUGCUGACGCAAAUUUCUGACUAG